AUGCAGAACGACCAGGGAGAGUGUGUGGAACUGUAUGUGCCGAGAAAAUGUUCUUCAUCUUCAAGAAUUAUUGCUGCUACUGAUCACGCUGCAGUACAAAUUGAUUUUGCAGAGGUUGAUUCCACCACCGACUCUUCCAGCGGUUUAUUUUUGAUACAUUUCAGGUAUGCAAUCUGUGGCGAAAUACGUCGUAUGGGAGAGUCAGAUGACUGCAUACUUCGUUUGGCCCAACGGGACAAUCUUAUACCUGCCAAUCUUUGA